ACCUAAUAAAACAACACAACCGAAGCUUGUGCUUAUUAUCCAGUCGAGUCUUCACUUCUCUGCAUAAAUAUUCGGCAAGAAGACAGAACCUAAGUUACAGCAACUCGUCUAUCCUCAACUCCUUGACACCGUCACCAUCAGUUUGUUAGACUUACCGGUGAGAUUAUCUUAGCUUCUAGAGACGCAAAUAAUACACAUAUAUUUCUUUUUAGAGGUACCUCGUUUUACUCCGUUCUCUCAUCCGUCACAAGCGUCACUGUUUCCCACAGACCGAGAUCCAUUGUGAACACUGUUACUGAACAAAAUGGUGAGAGUCGAGCCCUUUGAGGUUGAACAGUGGAUGGACCGGCUGGAAGUGACGCCAGGGGUUCUCAACAUUGCCGAAACCUGCGCGGCGCCAGUGUCAAUCGACGAACUCGUCGGCCUAUGCGAGGACAAGAAUGCCUCAGGGCCCCUGGACCUGUCCAAGAUGAUGACCUACGGAGCCAUCAGGGGCUCUGAGAGCUUGCGUCAACAUGUUUCGCGCCUGUUGGGCGAACAUUCCUCAGCUCCCCUUCCGGCCGAGAACGUGGUCGCAACUCAGGGGGCCAUCCUGGCCAACCUUUCGCUCUUCUACACCCUCGUUGGACCAGGAGAUCAUGUUAUUUGUGUCUAUCCGACGUACCAGCAACUUUAUGCUGUACCCGAGUCUCUAGGGGCGGAGGUGUCGCUAUGGAAAUUGAAGGAGGAGAAUGGUUGGGUCCCAGAUAUUGGUGAGCUGGACGGGCUGGUGAAGGCCAACACCAAGAUGAUCGUCAUCAAUAAUCCAAACAACCCAACCGGCGCGGCCAUACCAACAGCCAUCGUACAGGCCGUGGUAGAUGUCGCCAAGGAGAGAGGCAUUAUCGUGUUUGCCGACGAGGUAUAUAGCCCGCUCUUUCACAGUCUUCCCGACGGCACGGAAGCUCCUCCGUCGAUAUUGUCAAUGAGUUACGAGAAGACCGUGGCGACAGGUUCAAUGUCCAAGGCAUUUGCUCUUGCGGGAAUCCGCCUGGGAUGGAUUGCAUCUCGAGACAAGAGCAUCAUCCAGGCCGUCAGUUCGGCCCGGGACUACACCACCAUCAGCGUUUCCCAGCUCGAUGACCAAGUCGCUAGCUAUGCGCUCUCCGACGCCGUACGUCCAUCCCUGCUGAGGCGGAAUAUGAACUUGGCCAAGACAAACCUGGCCUUGCUCGAUGCAUUUGUGCAGAAGUACAGCUCUACCUGCUCUUGGGCGAAGCCGACCGCGGGCACGACGGCGUUUGUGCAAUUCAGGAAGCAAGGUCGGCCAAUAAAUGAUGGGGAAUUUGUUCUCGACGUGCUGGAUAAGACCAAGGUGCUUUUCCUUCCCGGGACUCCAUGCUUUGGCCAUGGCAAAGACUUCAACGGCUACGUUCGGAUUGGUUAUGCCUGUCACACUGAAAUACUUGAGGAGGGACUGCUGAGGCUUGGGGGAUAUAUCGAACAACACAUGAUGUAAUCAAAACCUAGACCAGUCCGGUCAAACCGCGGUCAGUCGCCGAAGAAAAGCAUCAAGUCUCCGUCCAAAUGUAGAUUUAGGGACAAUAUUUGGGUCUUCGCCAAGAACUAUAAGGCCGAAGGAAAGAAGCUUUUAAGACCGAAAAACGCUAUUUCCAUAUCAACAAUGUGUGCAUCCAAAUCCUUAACACUGUGGAGCUGCACCUCUGACCUCACUACCACCGU